AUGGACACUCCCUACAUGAACUCGCGCUCCCCGCCGCCUCUCCAGCACCCAAAGCCCACACAUCCGGCAUACCCCCCGCCAGAGCCUCCCCACACCCCGGGUCGCAGCUCGGCGUCCUCGCCCUACUCCCAGACAGGCCGUCUCUCAAUGGAGGCAGACGGCUACACGCGCUACUCGUCGCCGCCCGUCGGCGUCGAGCAGCACCACCACCAGCAACCCUUCCAUGGUACCCCCCAGCAGCAGCAGCAGCAGCAGCAGCAAGCUUCCACCUCCGGUUACGCGCCGCAGGGCGUGUCUGGCCAGAUGGGAGGCUCGGCGCACGCGCGCGGCUUUGGCGCCGCCGGUCCCAACGCACCUAUGGGGUACGACACAAGCGGAUUUGGGGCGUGGCCGGGCAUGAACGACGCGACGGCGCAGAUGGGUGUGCAGUUUGGCCGCAGCGCCGUGGCUGCCGGUCACGACUAUGUCGAGAAGAAUCUCUCGCGCUACCUUCCCCUCCCCCUGGUCAAGACGUGCUUCUCUGUCACGAACAGCUACGUCUUGCGCAAGCUGCGACUUGUCCUCUUCCCAUGGCGGCACAAGCCGUGGUCGCGCCAGGUGCGUCGCGGGGCUGAGCACGGCGGCGUCGACGGCUGGAUGGCCCCACGGGACGACAUUAACGCGCCCGACCUCUACAUUCCCACCAUGGCACUCGUGACGUACACUUUGCUCGCUGCGCUCGCGCGUGGCCUGCAGUCGCGCUUCAAGCCCGAGGUGCUCGGCGAGUCCAUUUCGAGCGCCAUCCUCGUCGUCAUCCUCGAGUUCCUCCUCGUCAAGCUCGGCUGCUACUUUCUCGAUGUGCGGGGUGGUGGUGGUGCGAGUGGCGUCGAGCUCCUCGCGUACGGCGGCUACAAGUUUGUCGGCAUUGUCGCGACCGUUAUCGCCUCGCUCUUGCAGCUUGGCUCCGCCGUUCAGUUUGCCGUCUUCUUCUACACCUUCUGCGCCAACGCCUUCUUCCUCCUCCGCUCGCUCAAGUAUGUGCUUCUCCCUGACAGGAGCAGCGCCAUGUCGGAUGUAGCCAGCGCGCCGAGCCUGUCACACGGCCAGCGUGCCCGCCGUGUGCAGUUCCUGUUUGGCGUUGCAGUGUCACAGGCGUUGUGGAUGUGGUGGCUGAGCCGGGUGUAG